GCUCUCCACAACACCUACGUUUCACAACAUCACAACUAUCCAAUUGUCUUGCAAUAGCUCAGAUUUGGUUAAUUGUUGAGUCUUAGGGUAUUUCAUAUCAAGUUUUGGAUUAGAAAAUUACACUUUAUCUCUCAAAUUACCUUGUUUAUUCCCUGUCAAUUCACAACAACUGUCAACAAACAGACACGUAUUUGGAAAAUUGAAUCAAAGAAAAUAAUCAACAACAUCCAGAGAUAAUCCAUUUGCUUACUAUUCUCAGACUUGGAUAUAAAGAAAAGAAGCUAUGGUUAAAAUCAAUGAUAUAAAUAGCACGGCUACAUUUGCUUGGUCAAAUGAAACACUCCCAACUUUAGCAACUGGUACUGCUGCUGGUGUUAUUGAUGAUGAUUUCUCAUCUAACUCAGUGUUAUCAUUUUACGACUUAGAAGAUAAAGAACCAAAAGUUACCAUCAACACUGAUGCCAAAUUUCAUGAUUUGGAUUGGUCCAAAAAUAACACAUUAUUAGCUGGUGCUCUUGAGAAUGGUACUGUUCAAUUCUGGAAUACUAGUAAAUUGAACUCUGAAAUAUCAGUUGAAUCAGUUGCUACUGGUACAAAACAUACAGGUGCUAUCAAGUCAUUACAAUUCAAUCCGCUACAACAUAAUAUAUUAGCUUCUGGUGGUGCCAAUAGUGAGAUUUUCAUUUGGGAUACCAACAAAUUAACAAACUUGGCCCCAUUUGCUCCAGGUACUGCUAUGACUCCAAUGGAUACCGUUCAAUCUGUUUCAUGGAACAACUCUGUUAGUCAUAUUUUUGCCUCUGCUGGUAGUGCUGGUUACACUUCAAUUUGGGAUCUUAAAGCCAAGAAAGAAGUUUUACAUCUGACUUACACAAACAAUACAGGCUCAAGAGCUAAUCUUUCAGUCGUUGCAUGGCAUCCAACUCAAAGUACCAAAUUGAUAACUGCUUCUGAAUCUGAUGGUUUACCAGUCUUGUUAACUUGGGAUUUAAGAAAUUCAAAUGCUCCUGAAAGUAUUUUAACUGGCCAUAAAAAGGGAAUCUUGUCAAUUGAUUGGAACACUAAAGACCCAGAAUUCUUAUUGUCAAGUGGUAAAGAUAAUACAACUAUCUUAUGGAACCCUAUCAGUGGUCAAAAAUUGGCCCAAUAUCCAACUACUGCCAAUUGGGUUUUCAAAACAAGAUUUGCUCCAUCUUCACCAGAUAUCUUUGCUAGUGCAAGUUUUGAUAAGAAAAUUUCUAUUCAAACUUUACAAGAUACUUCACCACCAGCUCAAAAUAGAAUCAAUUCAACAACUGAAAAUGAUUUUUGGAAUCAAAUAUCUGAUACUGAUACUCAACAACCUGAAUAUUUCAUCAAACAAGCUCCAAAAUGGUAUGGUGCUCAUAGUGCUGUUGGUUUCGGUUUUGGUGGUAAGAUUGUCACUGUUACCAAAACUGGUGAUAAACAAUCAGAAGUCAAGAUUUCAAAAGUUAAAGUUCCUGGAUCAAAAGAUAAUGAAAAUUUGAAAACUGCUUUAAACACUGGUGAUUUCAAAUCAUUGAUAGAGUCUCAUUUGAAAGAUUCACAUGAUGAUGUUAGUAAAUCUGAUUGGGAAUUAUUGAAUGAAUUAACAGAUAAAUCUGAUGUUUUUGAAAAAUUUAUUUCUUUAAAGAUUUCAACUGAUGAUGAAAAAGAUGCUGAAGGUGAAGAAUCUACAAAUGGUGAAGAUUUCUUCAAUAAUUUAGGUGAUUCAAACCAAGCUAAAGAAUAUCUACCAUCAGGUCCAUUCAAAUUGGUUGAACAAGAUUCAAAAUUUACAGAUUUAUCAAAUGCAUUAUUAGCCAAAGAUUUGAAUAAGGCUGUUGAUAUUUCAUUAUCAAAUGAUAAAUUAGUGGAAGCUUUAAUCAUUUCCCAAAAUGGUUCUGAAGAAUUGAAACAAAAAGUUAAAAACGCAUAUUUUGCUAAAUAUGCUUCAAAGGACCCACUAGCUCGUUUGUUAUACAGUGUUUCAUCAGAUAAUGUGAAUGAUCUUGUUGAAAAUGGUGAUGUUGCUGAUUGGAAACAAAUUGGUACAGCCAUCAAAACCUAUUCUAAAAAUGAAGAACUAUCCAAAACUCAAUUUGCUAAAUUGGGUGAUAGAAUUUUAGCUUCAGAUCCUGUUAAGAACCGUAAUGAUGCUAUUAAAACUUACAUUACUGCUUCUGCUUUAGAUAAAGUUGCUGCUAUUUGGGUUAGUGAAUUGAAAGGUUUAGAAACCAAGAUUUUGAAGUCCUCCAAAAAAUCUGCUUAUGAUGCUCAUUUUGAAUCAUUAACUGAAUUCGUUGAAAAAUUCAGUGCUUAUAGAUCAAUUUUGAAAUUAGAUGCUCCAGUUACUGAUAAUGAAGCCUUAUUAUCUACAAUUUUAGAAUUCACCAACAUUAUUUCCACUUCAGGUCAAUUUGAAUUGGCAAACAAAUUCUUGGGUUUAUUAUCUGAUCAAAUCCCAGCUGUGAAACUUGAAAAGGAACGUAUUGCUAAAGCAUCUGGUAUUCGUACUACUAAUCCAACUACUUCAACCACAAGAGCUACCGGUGCAGGUCGUUACGGUUCAGUUGGUGGUGCUAGUGGUGCUGCAAGAGCUGCUGCUGUUCCUUCAGCAAAUCCAUACACUGCUGGAGCUCAACCUCAAAUUCCCGGUUUCCCACCAGCUCCAGUUGCUGCUCAAUCUCCAUAUGCUCAGUUUUCACAACCACCUGUUCCAGGUCCUCCAGCUGCCUCAAAUCCAUAUAGACCAUCUGCUGCUGCUACCCCUUCAAUUCCACAAGCUGCUCCAUUGGCAUCUUCAAACCCUUAUAAACCAGCCGCUUCAAUUCCUUCUAAUCCUUAUAAACCAGUUGAUGUUGCUACUCCAGUUGGUCCACCAGGUUCUGUUGGUUCUGUUCCCCCACCACCACCAAAAAUUGCAUCUAAGAAGAAUGAAACUGAAGGUUGGAAUGAUUUACCAUCAACUUUCCAUCGUCAACCACGUCGUGGAACUCCAGCUGCUGCUGUGAAUGUUGCUACACCAUACGGUGCUGCUUCACCAUCUCAAGGUGCUGCUUCUCUUGCUCCACCAAUCAGUCGUACCUCAUCAUUUGUUAACCCACCAUCAAUUCCACCACCACCAAGAUCAAUUUCAAAAUCAAGAGUUCCAAGCGUUCAAGAAAAUAAACCAAGUCCUCCACCUGCAGUAAACAAUCGUUAUGCUCCAACUCAACCAUCACCACAACCUAAUGCUACUCCGCUAGGAACUAAUGGUUCAUUCCCACCUCCUCCACCAAUAAAUGGAUCUCCUUAUGGUGCUCCACCAGCUGCUGCUCAAACACCAAAGAAUCCAUAUGCUCCAACAACAGCUCCAUCAAUAUCACCAGUUUCUAACCCAUAUGCUCCUCCUCAACCUGCAAAUGUUGCUCCACCGGGUGCUAAACCAACUCCAUAUGCUCCACCUCCUCAAUCAACACCAGCAAUUAAUCCAUAUGCUCCACCUCCAGCAAGUUCAAUUCCACCACCUCCAGCACAAGGUGCCUAUGCCCCACCAUUAGCAGCAGGUCAAGCUAGUGCAACUCCAUUAACAGCAGCAGCUUCAUUACAACAACAUGCACAAUAUCAAGCAGCACAACCACCUCAAGAACAGCAACAACCACCUCAAGCUUCAAGUGCACCACCAAAAUCCAAAUAUCCAGCAGGCGAUCGUUCUCAUAUUCCAGCAGCUACUCAAAAUAUAUAUCAAAGUUUAAGUAAAGAAUUGGAACAAGUUAAACCAAGUAUUCCAGAAAAAUUCAACAAACAAGUUUUAGAUACUGAGAAAAGAUUGAAUAUUUUAUUUGAUCAUUUGAAUAAUGAAGAACUGUUAACACAACCAACUAUUGAUUUAUUAAAUAGUUUGAUUGAUUCAUUAAAUUCAAAAGAUUAUCAAACUGCAUUGAAUAUUCACAUUGAUUUAAUGACAAAUCAUAGUCAUGAAGGUGGUAAUUGGUUAGUUGGUAUCAAACGUUUGAUUCAAUUCUCUGAGGCUGUUAACUGAUAAAUUACUAGAGGACAUUAGCGUUUUGAUUCAUUCGUUUUGAAAGUUUUGUUAUUUUAUUAGAGAGAUCAAUGUAUUACAAAAUAAUUGUUUAAAUUAUUAAAAGAGAAAAAAA